CUUGAACUUGUUAUCAUCAUAGAUUAUAUAUAUUCGUACUAUGAGCGCACUACUUUUGUUUGUAAAGCUACUUUUACUAUCUAUUCUUCCGGUUCUUGUCUUGUCAGCCACUCCUGCUGCCCAGACAUUUUCAUUUCUAGUUACAGCAGUCAACUUUCCUCCUCUGGGUCCUGUUUCUGUACAAACUCCAUCCAUCACCUUAAGCUGGACUACUGAUACCUGUGCUGGUGCUAUUGAUUCUACCGGAAAGUCUGUUGUUGGUGGCUCCCUUUCUCCGAUUCAGGGCUCAUGUAGAGAUUCAAAGGGCCAGCCUGUUAAUAUCAAUUUGGGUGGAGUCUUUCCUACUGGUCUGCAGACUCUCACCCUUCGCAGAGGCUUAGGCUCCAACUCCACCUCUACUGAUCUGCUUCCUACCGUUGUUAAUUCUGCUGCUUUGGCUGGCAAUGCUCGACAAGUCACCAUCACCAAUCUUUCUAGAUUUCCUUCCGACUAUUAUGCUCUAUCGCUAUCUGCGAUCGAUGCCAACGGAAACUUGGUUCGUGGACAGUCUCAAUUCUUUUCUAUCCAAAACACCAAUCCUUUACCUACCAUGGCACAAAUGCAGCUAUGGAGUCCUCUUGAUGGAUCAUAUUGGCUAGCGAAUGCAGAUUACAGGGUCCGCUGGGAAAUGUUACAAACCAACCUGGUCCCAGACUUUUUCCAUCUGGAUCUACUCACAUCUGAUGGACUUUUGGCUGCACGAUUGAUGGAAUCCAUGCCUCCAAACACUGGCGAUAAAUUGCUUGGAGCUGGUCGCCCUUUAAACUUUACAGUCUGGAGCAUUGACAAGGCGCUAAGAAACAAACGGUUUAAACUGCGAGUGACUGGCGUGUUUGUAGUGAAUGGUGUUGUGCAAAACAUCACUUCUGCCAAUCCAAUGGUCGAGUCGGGAGUGUUUUUUGUAGGUCCUGCCAAACCCACCGUGUCUGGUGCAUGUUCUCGGACUGGAGAUUUGAGAUGGUCGCUAGCUACAUUGUUGUUGAUAUCAUCUAUGCUGGUUUUUUACAUUUGAGCUUAUUGGCAUUGCCAUCUGUGGCUCUUUUCACAACAAAUAUAUACAUAUGGUUAUAUAAAGCAG